GUGUGACACAUAGACACGAACACCCACCCACACACACACACUCUGCAGAGUUCGCUCCAUCCAGUCAAGGCGCGACUCCGCCGCUGCUUUUCCACCAGUUUCUGUCCCCAGCCGCUGAAAAGCGUGAAGCCUCCGCUAGGUUCUCAUUAUGUCAGGGAUGGCAAGUCGGAUCCAGAAGCUGCGAGGGCAAGCGGGAGGGAUCGGUUCCCAUGUCCAGCCCGUGAAAUUUCUCAACCAGGACUUUGAAGCACUGCGGCAGCAAUGCUUGGAAACUGGGACUCUGUACUGUGACGAGAGCUUCCCCGCCUGCCCUUCGGCUCUGGGCUACAAUGAAUUGGGACCGGGUUCAUACAAAACCAGAGACGUCGAGUGGAAACGCCCCACGGAUCUGUGUGCAGACCCCAAGUUUAUUAUUGGAGCGGCAUCCCGCACAGAUAUCUGCCAGGGGGCACUGGGUGACUGCUGGCUUCUGGCUGCCAUUGCCUCGCUGACCCUGAAUCAUGAGGUUCUUUGCAAGGUUGUUCCCAGUGGACAAGAAUUUGACUCUGAUUAUGCUGGAAUCUUCCAUUUCCAGUUCUGGCAGUAUGGCGAAUGGGUGGAUGUGGUGAUUGAUGACAGGUUGCCCACAAAAGAUGAUCAGCUGAUAUUUGUGCACUCAGCUUCUGGCAAUGAGUUUUGGAGUGCCCUGCUGGAGAAAGCCUACUCAAAGUUAAAUGGUUCAUAUGAAGCACUCUCUGGAGGAGCCACCACUGAAGGGUUUGAAGAUUUUACAGGAGGAAUUUCAGAGUGGUACGAAUUAGACAAAGCACCAAGCAACCUCUUUAAAAUCAUUCGAAAGGCACUAAGAUGCGGCUCACUCCUCGGCUGUUCAAUUAAUAUCACCAGUGCAGCAGAGACUGAAGCAAUUACUUCCCAACAGUUGGUCAAGGGCCAUGCUUAUUCUGUUACUGGAGCAGAAACAGUGAAUUAUCAAGGUGAUGAAGAGCAGCUGAUCCGGAUCAGGAACCCUUGGGGUCAAACGGAAUGGACUGGAAGCUGGAGUGACGAUGCAUGUGAGUGGGAUUGCAUCCCUGGUGAAGAAAGAGAUCGGCUACAUGAUGAAUCAGAAGAUGGAGAAUUCUGGAUGUCAUUUACUGACUUUCUCCGAAAUUUCUCCCGAGUGGAAAUAUGCAACCUUACUCCUGACACUCUUAGCAGUGACACAGUUCACAAAUGGAGCAUGACGACAUUUAAUGGGAGUUGGAGGGCUGGAUCUACUGCAGGAGGAUGUCGAAAUUACCCAAGAACAUUUUGGACAAAUCCUCAGUUUAAAAUCCAGCUGGAUGAAGCAGAUGAUGAUCCUACAGAUGACGAUGAUAAAUGUAGCUUUCUGGUUGGUGUGAUUCAAAAGAAUCGUAGAAGGCAAAGAAAAAUGGGUGAAGACAUGCAUACCAUAGGCUUCGCUAUCUAUGAGGUCCCUGACGAGUAUAAAGAUCAAACUAAUAUUCAGCUGAGGAGAGAUUUUUUCAUGACGCAUGCAGCCAGCGCAAGAUCAGAAACCUUCAUCAAUCUGCGAGAAGUCAUGAACCGUCUUGCUCUUGAACCUGGACAGUAUUUCAUUGUACCAUCCACUUUUGAGCCACAUAAGAAUGGAGAUUUUGCAAUUCGUGUGUUUACAGAGAAACAAACUGAUCUACAAGUCAUAGAUGUUGAGGUUGAUGCAAAACUGGAAGAUGAGGAGGUUGAUGAAGACGACAUUAGCGAGAGCUUUGAGACUUUGUUUGGAUAUUUAGCAGGACAGGAUGCAGAAAUUUCUUGCUUUGAGCUACAAAGAAUACUGAACAGAAUUGUGUCUAACCGGGAUGACAUUCAAAGUGAUGGUUUUAGUUUGGAAACUUGUCGAAAUGUAAUUAGUCUAUUCGAUAAGGAUGGAUCUGGAAAAAUUGGACUAGUGGAAUUCAAAGCAUUUUGGAACAAAUUACAGAAGUUUCUGAAAAUCUUCAAGAAGAUGGAUGUUGAUUGCUCUGGUACCAUGAGUUCACAUGAAAUGAGAAUGGCACUUGAAGAAGCAGGUUUCACUCUGAAUAAUACAUUGACUCAGAUCCUUGUUGCCCGUUAUGCAAGUAUUGAUCUUCUCAUUGACUUUGAUAACUUUGUUGGCUCUUUGAUCCGUCUGGAAACCAUGUUCAGAAUAUUUAAGCAAUUAGAGCUGGAUGAUGAGGGAUAUGCUGAACUGGAUCUAUUUCAGUGGUUGCACUUGGUACUAAACUAAAGUUCAGCUGCAAGAACUCAGACUUCAGCCAAUCAACAGGCACUUGCCACAGACAUGCCUAAACUGUAAUGGAAAAAUGGGAAAUGCUUAGUUUGAUGGGCAUCAUGAGGGAAUAUGUUUGUUUGCUUUUUUUAAAAAUACAUUGCCAUUGUGUGCUUUAUUCAACAUUUUGGGUGGCAAUGAAUUAACCAAUCAGAACUCAUGCUCCUGAAGGAUAUUUUAAUCUUUGUAUAACGCAAUGUUUGGAUGGCGGAGAAUGUGUUUUUCAUUACAAUUAUUGAUCUGUUCUAUUUAUCUGCUAAAACCUAAAGCAUUUAAACUUCAAACUGCUUCUUUUAAAAAUGGAUUUGUAGAUGCAGACAUGAGGUCAAAGCUGAGAUCUGCAGCUGAGGAGAAUCAGGAUUAAAAUUUUGGGGACAUCGUGUUUUAAAUGCAAAUGUAAUAUUCAAACUAGUGAACAUGCAACAGAUGUCUGACUGCUGUCCUUUGUCAUUAAUUAGGUACUGAAAGAAUGGCACUUAUAAUUGCUAUCGUUUAUCUUAAAAUUAUAAUGGUAUGGAUAUUAGUGGUUUUUGUAGAGCUGUAUGCUUAAUAUAAUCAGAAAUAUCAAAUUACUUUUGACAAAAGCUAUCUGGAAAUUAAAUACGAGUAUAUGGGCAA